AUGCAAGUCUUCUUGCUGCGCAAUUUGCUUGGCGCUCCACCAAACUGCACCGUGUCUAUCCCGGAUUGUGUCUCAUUGAAAGCUCGAUCCGAGGUCAUUGCAUCGAAAGAUGGUCACAGGGAGCUAGUCAUGAUACCGGCUCGACCAGAUCGUUGCAUCAAUGAUGCAGUGCACGAUGCAGUACAGCCAGAAGCUUGCCCUGGCUUCUGGAGCUGGGCCAAUUCAGUGACAUCGCCACAUUCAAACACCAAGCGUGGCAAAGUCUUUCUCUAUUUUGUCGGCGGUGCCUAUGUUGCGGGUCAUCCACUCCGUUUGGGCUUUGACCUGAGAUUGUCCGAAGCGACUGGUCUUCCCGUGUUCUCCGUCAAUUUCCGCAAAGCUUGCCAUCUCCACCUGACGUUCCCCGCUGCGUUGCAAGAUGCUGUUGCUGGUUUCUUCUACUUGCUCGAUCAAGGUUACAAAGCUGAAGACAUUAUUGUGUGUGGCGAUAGCGCUGGUGGUGGCCUCUCAGUCACACUCUGUCUGUACCUGCAAAAGGAAGGAUUCCAGGUCCCAGGCAAGGCAUUCCUCGUUUCGCCAUGGGUUGACUUGUGCGUCAGUCAGACAACGUAUAACCAGCAGCGCUUACGCCGAGACUUUCUCAAACCCGAGCGUUUAGAGUUUUGCGCCAUUCAGUAUACAUGGCACCGAAGGCAACUCCGGCAGACCCUCCUAUCGCCUGUGCAUGAUACGCUGCCUGAGGGAUACAGUUUUAAGGGGUUCCCAAAGACGUUCAUUACGUAUGCCACUGAUGAAGUCUUCUUUGACGAAGAUGAAGCUUUUGCCAAGGUUUUGAUGAAGCAUGGUGUGGAUGUUGAACAAUUCGUUCAACCAGAUGAUAUUCAUGUGUACUGUGUGCUGCCUAUGCAUGGAGUCGACCGUGAAGUGUUUAAGGCGCUCAAGGUGUUUGCAUUGAAGUAG